AUACUUCUAUGCAAAUAAGUAUAUAUGUUAUGUAUAUUUAUUUUCAAAUACAGUUGUGUAGGAUAUAGGAAGGUUUCUAUAAUACAAUUUUCACACGUGUUUGUUGAACUUAUUUAUACUUUUAAUUUCUAUAAUAAUAAAAUAUGGUUCGUGUUAUAAGUCAAGAAACAUAUGACGAAGUUGUGCAACAAAAUAUUGAUGAAUUCGAAAUGACUCCUAAAGAAGCUAUUGUCGAAGCAAUCAAAGAAUUUGAAGCACAGGGAAUCGAUCUGAGUAACAUUAUUAAAGACAUGGUAAUCGAUGACGGUUCAGAUAUCCUGUCGUGUUUGGAUAAAUUACAUGCAUGUUUAUCGGAAAAAGAUAAUGAUUCUAUUCAUUUACAACUAGAAAAAUUGAAGAAUGAAUUAGACAGAGAUAUUGCCCGGCGAAUAUAUGCAGCAAAACACAACGCUUAUUCAAUUCUGUUAAAUGUAAUUAAAGAGAUCAAAGACGAUGAAUUAUUAGUAAAACUUGCACUCAAAACAAUAACAUCAUUAAUGACAGGUCAUCCUGAUUUGCUGGACGAAAAAGGAAUUUCUCUUCAAAUAGAAAUUUUAAAUACAACGAAUGAUACCGAGACACUCCAGUGCUUAUUAAAAUGGAUUAAAACAUGUUGUAUUCAACACGAAAUUAAUAGACAAAAUAUAUUUAGUACAAAUAUUAAUGAGAAAUUGAUGAAGAUACUAAUUAAUGAAAAUGUAACAGGGUCUGAAGUGAAAAAUGUUUGUAGCGUUUUAAGAGUUUUGGUACUAGAUGAUGAUGUGAGACAUGAAUUUGGAAAAGCACAUGAACAUGCUACUUCUAUUGCCAAAAGUUCUCUGAAUGUUUUAACUGGAUUAUUAUCAAGAUUCAAAUUAGAUAAAUCUAUUACUGGAGAUAUAAUGCUCACCCUUGCAACUUUAUUAGUAAGAAAUGAAUUUUGUGAAGUUGUUGAUAAUGCAGGUGGUCUAAAAAUUCUUUUGGAUGUGAUGAUUGACCACCCUGAUGUUGAGAAACUGAAUGUUCAAUCUCUGAAAUUGAUGAAAGCUCUCGCUGGAAAUGAUAAUGUUAAAGCACGUAUUGUAACUGCCGGAAGUGCUCCUCUUAUUGUUUCAGCAAUUAGUAGACUGAAAAAUUCCCAAGCAGUUGUAAUUGCCGGACUAGCUUGCAUUUCUGCCUUAUCAUUAAGAAGUCCCUCAAACGCUGGAGUAUUUUUUGAUUGUGGUGCACCAGUUGUUAUCGUCGAUGCAAUGAAAGCUUAUCCUGAAAGUUUAAAUGUUCAGCAACAAGGAUCUUGGGCUAUAAGAAAUAUGUCUGUUAGAAAUACAAUUGAAGCAAAGGAAUUUAUUGAACACGGUGUUGAGAGUGUUUUAACAAAAGCUGUUAAUACUCAUGGUGAAACAUUAGAGAAUGAUAUAAAAGCUGCAUUAAGAGAUUUAGGGUUGAAAGUAAAUUUAAAAGAAAGAUGGACUGGGAAGGGUAAUUUAUUGGAAAAUUAAUCUUGAAGUCAACAUUUUUGAAUAAUUAUAUUUAUAGUAUUUUUAUUUUUUAUAAUACAUAGAUAUAAAAA